AUGUCUUCCAUACCCACUCCCUCACAAACCACCAUACACAGACUACCGCCUCAGUCUUUAUCCCAACUCAUAGGAACAAGUUCAACUCCACCAAUAUCAACAUCUAUCAAAUACUUUGAUGAAGCCCUGGAUGGUGGAUUCCAAAGUGGUUCAUUGUAUGAAAUAUCUGCAAUAAAUGGGUCGGGAAAAUCAAGCUUAGCUGCUCAGCUGACCUAUAACUGUUUACAAAUGGGUAAACAUGUGUUAUGGAUAAGUACAUUACAAUCAAUUCCAUUACAAAAAUUACGUGACAUGUGCGAACAAGAACUAUUGGGAAAUCUUCAUCAUAUAAGGCUUAAUACAAUAGGUUCCUUACUAUUGUUUUUACAAUCAUUACCUUUGAAAAAAACUAAAUAUUCGCUGAUAAUCAUUGAUGAUUUUAUGAGUUGUAUUACGAGAUGUUUUGAUGAACAUGAAAUUAUGAUUAAUCCACAACAUUUAAAAUCCAAACAAAAUGCAUUAGAAUCAAAGAAAAAUAGAUCAAUCCAGACAUUAUUGAAACUAAUCUCAACUUAUUGUGCCACUAAUGAUGCAUCUUGUGUAUUGUUCAAUUCCUCAACUAUUCUGAACAUGUCAUUUGUUGAAAGGAAAAAACAUGAAUCAUCACAAGUACCUUCAUCAUCUGCACAAUUUUCUUCACAGAACCCAUCACAAAAACCGAAGAGAUUUUAUCAACAAAUCUUAGUAUCACCCAUGGGAGAUCAUCCAUUUUGGUCACAAUAUUUCAAAGCUAGAAUGAUGUUGUAUAGAGAUUGGUUAUCUUCAUCAUCAUCUUCAACUACUGCAAUUUUUGUUCAUUUAAAAUUCAAUUCAUUAGUUUCAAAGAUACACACACCAAAAGUUAUAAGUUUCCAAGAAUCAUCAAAGGGCUUGGUGGAAGUUUCAAAAGAUUUGAACUUGUUAAUAUCAAACUCUUCAAAUUCAUUCUCAUUAGAAGAAGAGGAUUUUGAAGAUUCUGAAAAUGAGGAAACUGAAAUUAGAACUACAGCUAUGAAUGAACACCCUGUUUUACUGAUGAAUUCCUCACCUCGUCAUAAAGGUAUCAGUACAGCAAAAGAUAUACUGCCAGAUGAUCUAACUAAUGAAGUGUCUUCACAAAUGGCAAGUCAAACUACUAGAACUACAGAGAUUGAAAAGUCUAUCGAAGAUAAUCAAAAUGAACAAGAUGAUGAUGAGGAGAAUGAUAGCUCAGUUAUUCAACUCAAUGAAAAUCAAUUUGAAAACAGUGAUAUACAAUCAACACCUGAACCAAACAUUGAGAAUCAAUCUGAAGAAGUGAAUAAUGAAAACUGGGAUAAAGAAAAUGAUAAUCUCCAAUUUUCAGUUCCUAUGGUUGAAGAUACCACUGUUGAAAUUGAAGAAAUUGAAGAUGAAUUAGAAGAACUAUACCCAACACAACCAGAAUCACUUAGCUUCAUACAAUUAUCACAGAUCCAUAAUUCACAAUCACAAACUUCCAAAAGAUCAUUCCCAUCACCACCAUCAAAAACGAGAUCUGUCAAGAAGCUACGGCAUCCGUUGCAAGACUUCACUAAUGAAUACCACCAUGAGAGCUAUCAAACCCAACUCUCUUCAGAUGAAUAUAUUCCAGCAAGUGCACCAUAUUUUUAG